UGUUUGCUGAUCUGUUGUACGGCGAAGUGUACAAGACGGAUGACGAUGUCGACAACAUCGCUGAGGAUGAGGUGUACAACAUAUGGCCACUGGUGGAAGAGUCCGAUGCUUCCGAGAUAAAGCAAUUUGUGGACACCGGCAGCUUCCGGAAAAUGCGCAUCAACUCUUUGACCGAGGAGAUUGUUUUGAUCGACUCGGUUUGGAUUCGCAAGUGGAAGCGUAUGCCGGGUGGGGAUCGCCGUGUGAAAAGCCGUCUGUGUGCACGUGGCUGUUUCGACAGCCAAAAGGAGCUGCUUUCGACACGCUCGACAACGGCGACCCGUCUUUCACAGCGCAUGCUUCUCAGCGCUGCGGCAAACUCGUCCUGGGAUGUGGAAUCGUGGGACGUGAGUGGAGCCUUCCUAAAGGGCCUAUCCUUCGACAAGGUUCGUGAGAUCCUCCAGUCCAAGGGCGUCUCCACUCCCAUUCGACGAGUAGCUGUGAUGGCGCCAGCCAACGCGUGGAGGCACCUGGGCAACUUCAGCGAAGCCUUCCGCAUCGACCUUGAGAAGACACACGAGUACGUUCUCUUUUGCCUCAAGCCGGUCUAUGGCCUGAACGACGCUCCGUUGGCCUGGCAGCUCUGUCUACAUGGCCAUUUCGAAGAGCAAGGCGGUCGAGCUAGCCUCUUGGAUGAGAACUUGUUCUACUGGAAGGAGGAAAAGGUCAACAAGCUGAAGGCCAUAGUCACCACGCACGUUGACGAUUGCGGCGCCGGGGCAAAGAACGAAUGGCUGACACUCCAGCACAAACUCCUGGUGGAAAAGAUUCCGGACGGAUUCCGCAUGACACAGGAUGACUUCUGCAAGAAGCUCAAGCCGGCCUCCAUCUCCAAUGAUCGUAAGGACAAUGACGAUCUCACCCCUUCCGAGGUGACAAUGUUCCGGUCGAUACUUGGAGCACUGCUUUGGUUGACAGCCACCCGCCUUGAUCUAGUGGCGGAUGUGUGUCUGCUGCAGACACAAGUGACCCUCGCAAAGGUGACGCAUCUGAGGCAGGCCAACAAUACUGUCAAACGAGCUCAGUCCGUGGAGCCCAAUCUGGGGUUGAUCUUCAGGAAGCUCCGUGGUCCUCUCCGGGUCAUGUGCAUACAUGAUAGCUCGGCGGCUGGAAAUGUCCGUCAUUAUGCACAAGAAGGCAUCCUGGUCGUGUUGGCAGAGGACAAGCUUCAGCACUUCACUGAGUACGGGCACGUCCUGAGCAACGACGAGGCCAGACUUCUUGGCGGCACUGUCCAUGUGCUGUGGGCUCAUGGAGCAAAGGCCAAGCGCGUCUCCUACUCGACGAGUCAUGCUGAGACGCUGGCGGCCAUCUCAGGCCUGGAGGCUGCUUCCUUGGUGACAGUAAGGUUAGCCGAACUGCUGUACGUUCCGAAGCCCAGCAUCCAUUCUCUUUUGGCUGUGCAAGAGCGCGGUGUUCGGCAAUUGCCCAUCGACGACCUGGGGGACUGUCGAGACCUGUAUGAGUUGGUCUGUGGGGACCGUGGCAUCACUCAGGACAAGGGACAACGAUUGUAUGUCCUUGCUUUGCGAGAGGCACGCUUGUCUCAGCGCCUCCGCUGGAUCGGCUUGGUCCCGACUGCAUCGAUGACCGCGGAUGCCCUCACCAAGAGCAUGCUGGCUCCGCCAAUGAUGCAGCUUCUGUCCUCGGGCACGGUUUCUUUCUUCAAUGAGGAGAAACACCACAUCGUGCUCCGAUCACUGCCGUUCAUGAAGCAAGUGGAAGAGCAUCACUUGGACCUCAGCGACAAAGAGCUGAUCCGGGAAGUGGGCACGCUGGCUACUUCACUGUGGUGCGCUUCUCGAACUUCGGCAUCGAGAACUACCUGUUUCUUCUUCUGGGCAACUCUUUCGGCGACGAGCUCCACAGCGGCGGCUACUGCCAGACCGACCUCCUCUCCUACAACCACUACGACCUCAUCGUCUACGAUGGCUUCCGAGGAUGAUGAUCAUCGGUCUCUGCUGACUUUUGUUGCUUUGGUUCUGUCCACGGAAUGGCUGCUCUGGGGCUUCGCGCGCUACUGGUGGCAACGGCUAUGUCCUCGACGGGCCUCCGUGGCGGCCAUGGAAGUGGCUCCAUCGUCCGGGGAUUCCUCACCGACGGAUGUGGACACUUCGAACCUCUUCAGCGAUGAUCCUGUGAAUGAGAGGCCUGACGCUGCUGACGCUUUCUGUCAAGCGGACCUGCCAGCUCCGGAACCUGACCCUCGCAUCUCAAAUUGGGCGAUUGAACACAUCAACGUCCUGGAGAACAAGGUGAGGAGCCUCACCGAGAACGAGAGGGCGCUCUAUGACGAGAUCCAAGUUCUGAGGGCCAUGCACGAUAGCCAUAUUGAAGCAAUCGGCAGGCUGAAUCGCGAUCUGAUGCGAUACCAAGGUACAGAUCCCAACGGCCUUGAUUUGUUCACCACU